CCAGAGUUACACCACCAUCUGUUGCCCAUACCAGCUCUGCUUAUCUACUGCGUGCUCUUUCAGACUCAGAGCACUUCAAGAGACGCUCCUUUGCUACUGUUACUAUUACUGUUGCUGUUAUCUUCAAGCGAAGCAUCAUGGCUAGGGCAACCAACGGCCGCAGGAGUCGGCACUCCAAAACCACCAAUGGUACUGCGGCCUGCAAAUGCGCCAAGUCCCGCAAGGUUGGUGGAAAGCGUAGCAAAAAGGUGGUUGACGAGGAUUCGACUUCAGAGUCCGAGGAGGAGGAAGAUUCUGCCUCCGAGAGUGCCACCGAAGAUGAGACUGAGGAUGAAGAGGCCGAAGACCAGUCCUCUGAGGAGGUCACGGAUCAAGAGGCAGACCGCAAAAAGAGCAAUUCUAAAAGGUCCAAAAAGUCAAAAAAGUCCAAGAAGAAACUCGCACCUCGCGGUUCCCUCGCCACCCCCAAGAACAUCUACCGCUCGCUCAAGGACAGCGACGGCAACUGGACUUGGGUGGACAAGUAUCCCAAGCACGUCCCAGAGCCUGCAGAGAACGACGAGACGGGCCAGUACGCUGUGCUGGUGCGCAACGUCAAGUCCAACGAUGCCCGCAAGAAGCUCGAGGCGCACUCCAUUGUGAUCCAGUCUCCUCACCUGAAAAAGGCCCUGGCCGAGAUCCUGGCCGACUACCCAGGCGUGGCCAUCGAGCUGGACCGGCUCGAGUUCGAGGCUCCCUUUGUCCCGUUUGUCCACCGCUGGGAAAAGUACAAGGCCUACAUCGCCCAGGCCACCAAAGACGCCGAGGCCGACGACAAGGACAAGGACAAAGACACAAAGAACAUGAGCGAGCACCUGGCGGUCUUGGACGGGAUCCUCCGCUACGAGAUUGGUGACAAGAUCGCCGCCUUUGAGGACUACAUCCGCCACGGCGUCAUCAAGUUCUCGGACCUGUGGAUGAUCUUCCAGCCCGGCGACGUGGCCGUCACCAGCACGCAGACGCUGGCCAUGGAGGUGGUCGAGACCGAGUACAUGGAGAACCAGUGCGGCAAGUUCCUGCGCGUGCGCGGCGAGUGCGUCGACUUUUCCGGCACCGAGUUUGGCCGCUCCGACGUGGCCACCGACAUACCCGAGUUCCUCGGCACCAAGCCCAUCACCGGCCUCAGCGUCAACCCCUUGUCGUUCCACGCCGACCGGGACGCCCUGAGCGCUGCCCUCGUCGCCCGCGGCGCCCGCUUCGAGGAGCUCGCCGGCCACAAGUACCGGCAGUACUCUGGCGCCGCCGUCGGCUGGGACCAGCAGGGCAAGGAGGUCCCGGUCGAGGUCACCGGGCGCGUCGUCGUCGACAUUGAGAGCUUCAAUCGCUUCUCGCCCUGGACGGCCCCGCGCCGCUACGUCGACGACUGGAACGCCCGAGAUUUGGAGCGCCUCGAGGCACACAAGCUGGAGCACGGCCUGAACGAGGACGGGUCCGUCAAGCUGACGCCUUUUCACCAAAUGAUAUGCCACCGCCGCACGCGGGGCUACAGCCUCAAGGCCAAAAAGUGGCUCGACUUUUACGUCGACCGCAUCUCCGAGAUACGCUGGGACGACGGCGCCUUCGACAAGCUGGUCCUGGACCAGGACCACAAGGAGCUCAUCAUGGCCUUUACCGAGUCUCAGCUCGACGCCGAGUCCAAGGGCUCCUUUGACGACGUCAUCGCCGGCAAAGGCCAGGGAGUCAUCUGCCUGCUCUCGGGGCCCCCGGGUGUGGGUAAGACGCUUACGGCCGAGGCCGUGGCCGAGCACCUCCGCGUACCCCUGCACACGCUCAGCUCGGGCGACCUGGGCAGCCGGCCCCACGAGGUCGAGGCCGGCCUGUCGCGGAUAUUGGAGCUCGUCGCGCGGUGGAACGCCGUGCUGCUGCUCGACGAAUGCGACGUCUUCCUCGAGGCCCGGUCGACACACGACCUCGAGCGUAACAAGGUCGUGUCAAUCUUCCUGCGGACCCUCGAGUAUUUCCAGGGCAUCAUGUUCAUGACCACCAACCGCUGCGACAACAUCGACCGAGCCUUCCAGUCCCGCAUCCACGUGAGCCUCGAAUACCCGGACCUGACCCCCGCCUCGCGCGCCGCCGUCUGGCGCAACUUUUUGGGCGGCAGGAUGUCGGUGCCCGAGCGGGAUAUUGACGACCUCGCCGAGAUCGAGCUCAAUGGUCGCCAGAUAAAGAACGUCCUCAAGACUGCACAGCUACUGGCUAACCGCAAGGGUAGCGCAUUGAAGAGCGAGUUCAUCCACACGGUUCUCGCAAUCGAGAAGAAAAGACCCGGCCAAAAAAACGCCCAUUAGUUAGACGAGAUGCAUUCAUGUCUUUCUUUACUCUCUUACUUGUCUGCAGCGCGUUUCUUUCAUAGGUCCAGUCAGUAAUGAAGUUAUCUAGUUCAUUCAUUUUCACAGCCCUUUGUCAACUGAAGGAAUAACUGCUACUGAGGGGAAAUCUUCUCACCCAUCGGGAUAUUCCAGUACCUCUUCUCAUUUCGCAUUUUCGCAACUAGCGUAGGGUCGAAUCACGGACAAUCCAGGUUUCUUCCGCCUGUCUCGAAUAUAAAGCCGGUUUCCAAUAAACAUGGUAUCAAGAUGCAAAAGUCAUGAACAUUUGUCGCCGCCCAUCACAUUCCCUUCCUUGAGAUGCAGGUUUGCUAAGGCUAAG